AAUUCGCGACUGCGGGAGGCCUAUAAAAUGCUGUUCGGUCAGAAAUUGUAGCAAGAAUUGAAGAAGCAAAUUAAAAUUAGAGGAACCGAGAUGAGAAAUCCACAUAUCAUAGCGAUACCAUAUCCAGCACAAGGCCAUGUUAUCCCUUUAAUGGAGCUUUGCCUCUGCUUAGUGAAGCAUGGCUGCAAAGUCACCUUCGUCAACUCUGAGUUCAACCACAAACGAAUCAUCGAGUCCAUGUCGGAGGCAGACGAUGUCCUUAUAAACUUCGUAUCGGUCCCUGACGGGUUGGCAGUGGAGGAGGAUAGGAAUGACCUGAAGAAGCUAACAGAGGCACUCUUUGAGGUUGUUCCAGGGAAGCUGGAGGCUCUCAUUCAUAACAUAAAUGAGUCGGAUGAGAACAGAGUUUCGUGUGUUAUUGCCGAUGAAAAUUUGGGAUGGGCGCUUGAAUUGGCCAAGAAAUUGGGACUCCAGCGAGUUGCUUUCUGGCCUGCAGCAGCUACUUCUCUAACCAUGAUGUUUAAUGUUCCAAAGCUAAUCGAUGAUGGGAUUGUUGGCAAGAAUGGUAACAACUUUAUUUUCUUAGUGAACUAA